AUGCAAUAUAGGCUGGUCUGGGUCCUGAUGUUAAGGGGGCCUGGCCUGUUGGGUUCUGGUGUUCUGGAAGCUUUAAAGCAGCAGAAGUCUCUGCAGCUGACAGAAGGGACUGCAGCAGUGUGCAGCACAGCAGCUUAUUUGAAUAUUGGUUAUUUGAGGUACUUGUGUUUCUUGAUAACUGCCAUGUUGUACAUUGUGAUUGUUGUUGCCAACACGUCUCUGAUUGUGGUUAUCUGUGUGAACAGGAGCUUACAUGAACCUAUGUACCUUUUUCUGUGCAGCCUGUUUGUAAAUGAACUGUAUGGUAGUACAGGGUUGUUUCCAUUCCUUCUGGGACUUGGCUUGGGUACUGAAAGUUCACUGGUUCGGACCAAAAGGCCAGAGGUGCCCUUGACGCUCUGCUUCCUGCAGAUUUUCUGCUUGUUUACAUAUGUAAAUAUACAAUUUUGUAAUUUAGCCAUCAUGUCCUAUGACAGAUAUCUUGCUAUCUGUUAUCCUCUGCAAUACAACAUUCGUAUGACUUCUAACAAGGCGGUCAUCUUCAUUAUUCUCAUUUGGUUGUACUCUUUUGUGAAGGUUUUGAUAACUUUAUCCUUAAAUAUCCGUUUGACACUGUGUGAAAACAUAAUAAAUGGUUUGUAUUGUACUAACUACCUUGUAGUUAAAUUGGCAUGUUCUGACACUCAGGUGAACAACAUUUAUGGAUAUUUUGGUACUGUUCUCACAAUCUUUGUCCCUCUCUUUCCAAUCCUCUUCUCUUACAUUAAGAUCCUCAGAGUGUGUUUCUCUGGUUCCAAGCAGACCAGACAGAAAGCUGUCAGUACCUGCACACCUCACCUUGUUUCCCUCCUCAACUUCUCUUUUGGCUGCGGCUUUGAAAUGUUUCAGAGUAGAUUUGAUAAGAGCGGUGUUCCCAGGGCGCUGCGUAUUGUUCUGUCACUGUAUUUUCUCAUCAUACAGCCACUAAUGAACCCUGUCAUGUACGGACUGCAAAUGUCAAAACUAAGAAACAUAUUCAGGCUUUCGACUGCACCUCAGCACGGAGACUGCUCUUGUUAA